AUGAUUUCGAUCCGUCCAGCAACUGAUAAAGAUGCUUCUAUUAUUUUGGGAAUGAUUCGCGAACUAGCUGAAUUCGAAAAAAUGGCUGACUCUGUUGAACUCACAGAACAGAAACUGGCAGAGGACUUGAAAAGCGAGGCUUGUAGUGGCUUGUUGGCUUAUGAUAUGGAAGUAGCAGUAGGAAUGAUUUUAUAUUAUUUCGCAUACUCAACUUGGCAAGGACAGUAUAUCCAUAUGGAAGAUUUGUACAUCAAACGAGAUUUUCGACGUAGGGGCAUUGGCAAUCGUCUCUGGGCCGAAUUGUCAAAAAUCGCGAAGUCUCGAGGGUGCAAAAGAUUACAAUGGAAUGUUUUGGACUGGAACAAGCCUGCUAUUGAAUUUUACAAAAUGGCUCCCUUCAUCGAUUUGUCCAAAGAGGGAUGGUUGACUUAUCGGCUAGAUGACAAAGGGAUUGCCCAACUUGCAGAUGCAUGA